AUGCCUACGCCGGACGCCGUUAUUUCGAGGCUUCUCGCCCUUGCCUGCGGAACAAACCUUACUAUGCCGAAACGUAAGAGUAAUGCCCUAGAGGCACUAGCAAACAAGCGCGCAAAGCUCGGCGCAGCCUCGAAGUUACUCGAGGAGUACUCCCUCAAGCCAAAUACUUUACGAGACCGAGAGCGUACUGCCGCUAUAGACGAAGAAAAGAGGGCAUAG